CAUAAAAACAAGACAAGAAAAAGCGUUGUGAAUGUGAGAGUUUGUAGUUUGCCUUGCCUUGCUUCGUUGUCGUUUCGCCGGCCAAAGACACAACAUUUCGUGCCGUUUUAGUGUCUGCUUCGGACAUCUCACACAAACACAACUCUCUCUCUCUCUCUGUUUGAUUUGAUAAUUCAAGAUGAACGACCUUCUCACUGAUUCAUUUGUUGGUGAGGCUACUAAUGGUCAGCCUUCUAGGCGAAGUGAUAUUGAAAUGGGACAGGUUCCCAGAAGCAACUCCGAUAUGGGAAUGGAAGCAUUUAAUAAGCAGAUCCAUGAGGCUGAUAAACAAGUCGAUAAGCUGUCUGUGCUACUUCAAAAGCUAAAGGAAGCUAAUGAGGAAUCGAAGGCUGUUACAAAAGCAUCUGCCAUGAAAGCUAUCAAAAAGAGGAUGGAGAAAGAUAUUGAUGAAGUUGGAAAGAUUGCACAUGGUGUCAAAACAAAAAUAGAGGCUAUAAACAGAGAUAACCUAGCCAAUAGACAAAAGCCUGGCUGUGAGAAGGGAACUGGUGUUGAUAGAGCUAGGAUGAAUAUGACAAAUGCCGUGGCUAAAAAAUUCAAGGAUCUCAUGACGGAGUUCCAGACUCUUAGACAAAGAAUACAAGAUGAAUAUCGCGAGGUUGUAGAGAGAAGAGUUAUUACAGUCACGGGAACUAGGCCAGAUGAUGAGACAAUUGAUCACCUCAUAGAAACUGGAAACAGUGAGCAAAUUUUCCAGAAAGCAAUUCUAGAAGCUGGCCGAGGACAGGUUGUAAACACAGUAGAAGAAAUUCAAGAGAGACAUGAUGCUGUAAAAGAAAUUGAGAAAAAGCUUCUUGAUUUACACCAGAUUUACCUUGACAUGGCAGUCUUAGUUGAAGCUCAAGGAGAAAUUUUAGAUAACAUUGAAAGUCAGGUCAACAACGCAGUCGAUCAUGUCCAGAGAGGGACAACUGCACUUCAAAAUGCUAAGAAACUUCAGAAGAAUUCUCGAAAAUGGAUGUGCAUUGCCAUCAUUAUACUGUUGAUAAUAGUAGCUAUCAUAGUUGUGGGGGUCCUCAAACCUUGGAAGAGUAGCUAGGGCACUUGAGCCCUUUUGUAUGUCCAUAUAUAAGAGAGUUGACUUGGUUGGGAAACAUAUGCAUGUGUGUCCGCAGGACAACAUCUUAGAGCACAAUUUUUAAGCCAUUUGUUUUGUACGAUUGAUGCUUGUUUGUGUGGUGUGAUUGAUUUAUGACUAUACAUUGGUGUGUCUCACGAUAUAAAUUCAUAUUCUUUGUAGUCUUCAAGGCUCUCUUAUUUCCUUGUACCAUUCUAAAGCUCUCCUUGCUGUCAUUUGCAAGUUGCAAAUCUUGCAUU